CAAUCUUGGGAAGGGAGGAGCGGUCAGAGCCGGAGCCAGACUCAGACAGUGUUCGGGAAGAAUUCUUCAAUUUCCUCCGAGGGUGGAGGGGAGCGGGGAAGGCCUCGGGUGGAGAGAAAAAGCAUACAUCGAGGUCGAAGCAGCUUUGGUGGGAGUCUGCUCUCGCUUUCUGGGGAGCACUUUCGGGGCUGCGGACGGGUCGAAGCACUGUGGAGGCUGUUUGGUUGCAGCCGAGAAGGGUUAGCGGUGUAGGGGAAGGAGGGACUUUACUUUCCCAGUGGGCUAAAGGGAAGGGAGCCAGUCCCCGACCGCUGCCCUCCGCGGGGAGGGGGAGAAGCACCAAUGUCCGCGCUCCCGCUGCGGGAAGUAGAAGAGAAGGAGGUAGGAGCGUAGUAGCCGCUGCCAACCCAGAGCCGUCCCUCCAGAAACAUCAGCCUGUCGCUGGAAGAGUUGGGGCCGUCUCCUCCUCGUCCAGCGCUGAGCCUGUGAGCGGAGCGGCCUGGCCAAGAGGAUGAACGUGGAUGAACUAGCCAUUUCCAGCUCAUUGCCCACUAUCCCUUACUACAAGCUCGCCGACCUACGCUUCCUGAGCCGGGGAGCAUCAGGCACCGUGUACUCGGCACGCCACUCCGACUGGCGCGUCCAGGUGGCAGUGAAGCACCUGCAUUUCCAGACCCCACUGCAGGAAAGUGAAAUAAGUGAUAUAUUAAGAGAAGCCAAGAUUUUACACAAAGCAAGAUUUAGUUAUAUCCUUCCAAUUCUGGGAAUUUGCUAUGAGCCUGAAUUCUUGGGAAUAGUCACUGAAUACAUGAACAAUGGAUCACUCAAUGAGCUUCUGCACAGGAAAAAUGACUAUCCCGAAAUUGCUUGGGCACUGAGAUUCCGAAUUCUGCAUGAAAUUGCACUGGGAGUAAAUUAUCUUCACAAUAUGAACCCACCACUGCUGCAUCAUGACUUGAAGACUCAAAACAUCUUAUUGGAUAAUGAAUUUCAUGUUAAGAUUGCAGAUUUUGGUUUAUCAAAAUGGCGGCAGAUGUCUUUGUCUCAGUCAAGGAGUACUGUAUCUACCCCGGAGGGCGGGACCAUCAUCUACAUGCCACCUGAAAACUAUGACCUCAGUCAGAAGUCACGAGCCAGCAUCAAACAUGAUAUAUACAGCUUUGCUAUUAUCAUGUGGGAGGUGUUGUCCAGAAAACAGCCCUUUGAAGAAUUUAUCAACCCCUUGCAGAUAAUGUAUAGUGUGUCAAAGGGAAAUCGACCUGAUACUGGGAAAGAAAGUUUACCGCUUGACAUUCCACAUCGAGCUGGGAUGAUUUCCCUAAUUGAAAGUGGAUGGGCACAAAAUCCAGAUGAAAGACCAUCUUUUUUAAAAUGUUUAAUAGAAUUUGAACCAGUUAUGAGAACCUUUGAAGACAUUAGUAUUCUUGAAGCUGUCCUUCAGCUGAAGAAAACUAAGAAUAAUUUAAAUAUCAUUCCUAUAUGUUCCAAGAAGACAAUGGAGUACCCUCUCAACAUACUUGUAAAUCAUGGUCCACAAGAGGAAUCAUGUGGAACUCAGUUUACUGUAAGGACUGAUCCUGAAAUAGCAAGGUCCGUAUCGACCGCUCAAGACAACCUCUUUUCUUCUGCACAAAAUCAAGAGUAUUCAACACUGCCUCAUUCUGCAGUAAAUCACAGCUGGGAUGGUAACAUUUCUUUAGUCCAAAGAGCUAAAUUUUGCAGCCACCAGACAGCUUGCUCUUCAGCAGUAAUACAGCCACUCACAGUUGAAGGAAAUUCAGUAGACCUCCUGUCAGAGAGUCAUGGAAAUGGUAUUGCCCAGCAUUGGAUCCAAAGCAAAAGGGAAGACAUUGUGAACCAGAUGACUGAAGCUUGCCUCAACCAGUGCCUGGAUGCCCUUCUGUCUAAGGAUUUGCUUAUGAAGGAAGACUAUGAACUUAUUAGCACCAAACCUACAAGGACAUCAAAAGUCAGGCAAAUGCUGGAUACCUCUGACAUUCAAGGAGAAGAGUUUGCCAAAAUUAUAGUACAGAAAUUGAAAGAUAACAGACAAUUGGGUCUUCAGCCUUACCCAGAAAUAUCUGUGGUUUCUAGGGGAACAUCUUUAAAUUUAUUCCAAAAUAAAAGCUUUUAAGUGUUUGCUUACCAGGAGGGAAAGUCAAUUUAUGAAAGGACAUUUUUUUCUCUCUCAUGCUUCAGUUCCAACUUUAAUUAUAAAUAAUAUUUUGACAAUUAGGUGUCUCACUGAGAUUUCUUUUAAAGUUAAUAUAAUUAUUUCUGGAUUCAACACCAUAGUUCAUCAAAGUAUUUUUUUAUGAAUAUAAGUGGAAAACUUUCACUGUAGUAGGUAGCUUACUAUAUUGUGUUUUGUAAAUUGAUGUUGUUUUAAGGAUAAAGUAAUUAUA